AUGGCGGGUCCCAUUAGACAACCCAUCAAUCUGGACAAUCUGUCCAAAUAUAUCGAUCAACACGCUCCGGAGAUCAAGACUCCCCUGGACGUGAAGCAGUUCGGCUAUGGCCAGUCCAACCCAACCUACCUCCUCACCGACUCUACCAACUCCAAAUAUGUCAUGCGAAAGAAGCCCCCGGGCAAGCUCCUCUCCAAAACCGCCCACCAAGUCGACCGAGAAUACCGCAUCAUAGCAGCAUUACAGCACACCGACGUUCCCGUCCCCAAAGCCAUCUGCCUCUGCGAAGAUGACAGCAUCGUGGGCACACCCUUCUACAUCAUGGGCUUCCUCAACGGCCGCAUCUUCGCCGAUCCCGCCUUCCCCGACGUAUCCGCCGCCGACCGCAACGCCAUGUGGAAGAGCGCAGUGACGACUCUCGCCAAAUUCCACAGCGUCCCGCCAGCUCGCGUGCACAUGGAAAACUUUGGAAAACACAACAACUUCUACAAUCGCCAGCUCAAAACCUUUGCUACCUUGAGUGUCGCGCAAGCACAAGCCACCGAUCUCGAUACGGGCGAACCCGUGGGUCCCAUACCGCACUACGACGAGAUGGUGGCCUUUUUUGGAAACCCCCGGACACAACCGCACGAUCGGAGUACAUUUGUGCAUGGGGAUUACAAGAUUGACAAUCUCGUCUUUCACCCCACGGAACCGUACGUGAUAGGAAUUUUGGACUGGGAAAUGGCAACGAUUGGACAUCCGUUAUCCGACGUGGCGAAUUUGACGACGCCGUGGGUGUCGGCGUCGAGUUCGCUGGCGGAAGCGGCAGGGAAAGCGAAUCAGGCGUUUCGAGAGGGUGUGACGCCGGGGCUGCCGAGCAAGGCGGACGUGUUGCGGUGGUAUCAUGAAGUGGUGAGCUGGGAAUUCUCACAGCAGGAAGUGACGUGGGGUGAUGCGUUUGGGUUGUAUCGCGGAGCAAUUAUUUGUCAGGGCAUUGCGGCGAGAUAUGCGGUACGGCAGGCGAGUAGCCCUAAUGCGAGAGAGUAUGGAGUGCAGAUGCGGCCGAUGGGCAACAUGGCGUGGAAUGCGGUGCAGAAGUUUGGAGAGCAGGCCAAGGAGGAGGAACAACAACAACAAAAACAGCAGCAGCAGAAACAGCACAGGGCGAAGUUGUAGAUGCUUUUCUUCUUCUUCUUUUGCGAGCUUGGUAUUCACAAUGUACAUCUUUCGGGGCGGCACUGUUGCCCCCCUUCCUCUUGAGUAUCGC